AUGAAUGAUAUAUCAUGGUUCAUAUUUCCGGAUAUAGCUAAGACUGCCUUCACAUUUCAGGUCCUUGACAACUUUUUGCUGGACAACUUGGAGUGUGGGACGUCAGCAAUGAAUUAUUAUAAUAAGCUGAGGAGGAUGACCACAUCUGUCUUUCCUCAUCUUGUGCCGGACCGUUACCACGAGCUAAUGAGGGUGGCUAGGCAGUGGCAGCAGCUCCAGCUGUUAAAAUGGAAUGGCUUCGGCCAUAAGUCCAAAGAUAGGAAACCUGGAGAUCUUGCUCUCUUCUGUCCAGCAUGUCCGCAGCCAGGCAUCAAUGUGACAUUGCCCCCUGAAGAUGAGCAAGAGGAAACCAACUCCGAAUCUGAACUGCCAAAGCCCAGUUGGCUGUAUUCCAGAUCCCUGGUCAUGGAUGGCAACUUCAAAGCAGAGCACCUGCUAGAAGCAACCGGCAUCGGCGGGUGUGCUUGUGCAAGGCAUGGUUGCUUCGUUCCACAUGCAAUGGUCGAUUUUCAGAAGGGAGAAAGGCAGAUACACAUGGACUAUGCUUUGUGCGAGGCAUUGAAACACAACGCCAACGGCAUUCGGCGUGCACUGACAUUCUAUGAUAUUAAUUGCCAGUAUCACAAAUAUCUCAGGGAUCGGGUAUCAGAGAGCCCAUUCUUAGAGCUUGACCAGGCACUGGAGAUCAUGCUGGGAAUAGGUCUCUGGCAUGUGUAUGGCCACCAAGACAGCUGCUAUGUACGAUAUGCCUCUAAUUUCAUCACUGGCGCUGCACGAAUUGACGGCGAGAUCAUGGAGACAUUGUGGGUGCCGUUGAAUAUCAUCUCUCCUUUGGUGAGGGGAAUGGGGACACCGCACCGGAAAGAGUGCUUGGACUAUCAAAUGAACAACUGCAAUUUCAUGAAGAUGAUUAGGAUGAGCAAGGCCCUUUGCCGAAAAUUCAGGCAAGCUGUGAAAGGAGUCGCUGAGAGCGCCGCCGCGUUCCAGAAGCUAAAUGAAAGCGCCAAUGCAGCAAAAGUGAUAGAGUGGGAAGAACAGGACAGAGUUGCACAGGAACACCGCACCGUUAAUCCAAAGGCCAUGGACAUAUAUGAGGUCCAACUUCGCAGAGCGCCGACACAAAAGGAGCAGGAACUGCAGUUGUUGGAGGCCAAUGGUCGGUGUCCUGGUCCGGCGCGGCAGCGAGGAGCGGCGACAUGGCUGGCAGAGGGCCUGUCAAUUGAGGAGGAGAUUGGGGCGGCAUCCAACCAAAAGCCAGCGGUUGGAUAUUGCUCGCUGAAGAGAGAGACCUCCAGGGAGACAUUGAUCGGUGGUUGGCACAGGGACUCAGGAGACAGCGACAUCCAGGUGGUAGAGAACAAGCUGCUCAUGCUUGAUGAAGACCAAAUCGAUGAGACGGCAGACGAAUUCAGACUAUUCGAGCCUGAAAAGUUGGUCUUGCCUAUGCCAUCCAUCCUUGGGCCAGAAAGGUGCGCUGAACUUGGCGCCGCAGAGCUGAUUCAACAUGAACUGGCACUUCGGGAGGGACAGGCCAAUGAUGCCCUGCACAAUAUCAGAGUGCACUUGGCAGACAAGGCCGUCAUUUUUAGGACCACUGUCAGAACAGCAAAGUCUCAAGCCAUGUCUACCAGAGCAUGGGCUCAAGUUCAUUUGGUGGACCGGGCGCUGGCUAACCUCGGCGCCGACGAUCAAUUACUGGAGAGAUAUUGCCCGCUGGUCAAGGAGCAUCUCAAGGUUAGCACGGCCAUAGCUGACCCAAAUGCACGAGGACAGAGAAACAACACACUGGCCUGGUUCUGGUCAAUGGAUGUGGAGGGGGACUCUCGUAACAGUGAUUGGCUCAAUGAAUUUUACCGUGUGCACUGGCUUCGUGCCAAGGCAUUAAAAGACCAGUGGGAAGAAGAGCACCUCCUAGUGCAGCAUGAGAUGAAUUGGACAUGCGAUUUCUUUAUGCAUAAAGCAGAGGAGUGGAUACGGUUGGGCGACCUCACCAAGAACAAGGAUGCCAUGAAUGCAUUUAACAAAGCAAGGGAUCCUGCCAACAGAAGGGCGAUCUUUCCAGAGGUAGAAUAA